CCAGUGAAACGCCCCCCAAGACACAGAGAGAGAGAGAGAGGGAUGGAAGGACAUAACAAGGGAGCUGUAUGUGUAACCGGUGGAACUGGUUUUGUAGCAUCAUGGCUGAUUAUGAAGCUUCUUGAACAGGGUUAUUCUGUCCAUGCAACAGUUAGGUCGUCUGAACCAGACAAGAAGAAGGAUAUUAGCUUCCUCACAAACUUACCUGGCGCAACAAAAAGACUACAAAUUUUCAAUGCAGAUCUCUAUAUUCCAGGCAGUUUUGAUGCAGCAAUUGCGGGAUGCAUUGGAGUGUUUCAUGUUGCUUUUCCCAUGGAUUUUGAGGACAAGGAAACAGAAGAAACAAAGACCAAAAAAGCCAUUGAUGGGACACUAAGCAUUUUAAAGGCAUGCCUUGAAUCAAAGACAGUUAAACGAGUUGUGUGUACUUCUAGUGCAUCCACUGUUUUUGGUCAAAACAAGGGUUUAGAUGUACUUGAUGAAAGCACAUGGACCGAUGUAGAUUUUGUUAGAGCUCUAAAAGUUGUUGGAACUUCAUACACGAUUGCCAAGACUUCAAUUGAAAGAGCAGCUUUAGAGUUUGCUGAAAAACAUGGAUUGGAUCUCGUGACCGUAAUUCCUCCUUUUAUCCAUGGCCCCUUCAUCUGUCCUCGUUUGCCAGACUCGGUGCGCUCAUCAAUGGCUAUGAUUUUUGGUGAUAAGGACCAGUACAAUUAUCUCGUUAAUACAACUUUGGCGCAUGUAGACGACGUGGCCAGUGCACAUAUUUUCCUUCUUGAACAUCCUGAUGCAAAAGGAAGGUACAUAUGCGCAGCAGUCGAAAUAACAAUUCAAGAGAUGGCUAAAUUUCUUUCAUCCAGAUACCCUGAAUAUCAAAUUCCAACUGCCGAUUGUUUAAAGGAGAUCAGAGGGAUUAAAUUUCCGGGCCUCUCAUCAAAAAAACUCCUGGAUAUUGGGUUCAAGUAUAAGCAUGGCCUCGAGGAUAUGUACGAUGGAGCAAUUCAAUGCUGCAAACAAAAGGGUUUUCUCUAGUUCAUGUUUGUUGUUUGAACUACAAAUAUCUGUAUGGCUUAUGACUGAAACAAAUUUUAUCUUCUUUGUCUCUGUUGUGUUUUUUGUUUCCUAUAAGGAAAAUUACAAAUCGAAAAACUUCAAUGAAGUGUUUCAAAUGUAGAAGUGGUUGCAUACAUUU